GUUGACUACUUUGUACUAUUCACUCAACCCUCCAAAGAAUUCUGGAUACCUCCUAUGUUGUUGCCUGGUGUUCCAGAGGAGACAAAGCUGUUAGAUGGACCGAUCGAUACCUCUGCUAACGUGGACACUGAUGACCGACUCGGUGGCCCCGCCCAAACAGAACGACGUUAUUUACCGGUAUGGUUACCGAAAGACUUGCACGUACCAUUUGAGAACUACAAGCGUCAUUUGUUGGAGGAGUACGGUCAACUAAUGAACCAUAUUUCUGCCGGCACCUCGAAGGAUAAAGAAACAGCUAUGCGGUGGCAAGCCCUUCGUCCGAUUGCUGAUGUCCUGGAAGAGUUGAACGUGCUACUGCAGACGGAUCAAGAAAUGGAUCGCUUGAUAUCAGAUGUCCUCAAAAGUGGGGGCGAUGCCGAAGAGGAAGAGGAACUGGUAGAAUUGAUCCGUGUUGAGCGGGAUCAGCGAGCUGCUCAUCGUUGCGCCCUGGAACGAAAGCUGUACGGAUUGUUAAUUCCUCCAGACCCGGAAGCACUGUCAUCCGGAGCCUGCAUGGAAUUGGUUGCUGGUGCUGGCGGGCGAGAAGCCGGUCUGUUUGCUCGUGAUCUGUUGGACAUGUAUCGCUCGUUGGCCAUUGCUCGUGGUUGGCAGUUCACCGUGGUCCAAGAGACCACAAUGGUUGGAGAUGAAGCAACUGGGGCUGGCAGUUCAGAUUCCCCAUUAUUAAAAGCCCGCGUGGAAAUAGUGGGUGAAGGCCAGGAGGAAUCUCUGGACGCGGAAGGGGAAGCUGAGCCAGAUUGUCGUGCAUUGGGCGCUUUCGGUCAGUUACGUUGGGAAUCUGGUGUACAUCGAGUUCAACGGAUUCCGGUCACUAGCAAACAGAAUAAGAUUCAUACAAGCACAGUAGCAAUAUCCGUUCUACCUCUAACUGAAGAAAUUCACGUGGAACUGUCUGAGAAUGAACUAAAAUGGGACUACUUUCGUGCGUCUGGUGCCGGUGGACAACAUGUAAAUCGGACUGACAGUGCGGUUCGACUUACCCACUUGCCUACUGGAAUCGUUGUCGCGUGUCAACAAGAGCGGAGUCAACAUAUGAACAAGAGGAUGGCUUAUGAAAUGCUCAUUGAGAAACUUAGAGACAUUCAAUAUCAGAGUCAGUUCAAUGCAGUCGACACUUUACGUCGUUCCCACUUUGGCCAUCGAGACCGAUCCGAGAAGAUACGCACCUACAACUUCCCCCAGGAUCGCAUCACUGAUCAUCGUUUAAGUCGAACCUGGAAUGGAGUGGCACGAUUCAUGCGACAGGCGGUCGGCCUGGCCGAAGCUCUUCAGGCACUCUACGCGAGGGAAAAGAUAGCACGAUUGCGACAGCUUCUUGUGGAUCAAAAUAAUAUCAUUCCGAACAACGGCAACCAAGCCCACUGA